AUGGACCUCCGCACACACAUCGACCAGCUCUGCCCCAAAGCGCCAUGCGACCUCCGCGUCGAUCUCUCCCUGAAUCCCAUCAGAUGCGACUGCAGUAACUUCGAGUUCCUGAAAUGGAUGGCCCACUCUGGGGCGUUCGAUCGAAAGUUUGAGAACUACAUGUGCCUGUACCCUGACAGCUCGUAUAAGACCAUCGAGGACGCGUACGAGGAUACCCUGGCCAGUCUGACGCUGCAAUGCGCUGACAACUACCCCGUGUUUCUGGCCGCUCUUGUGGCCACCAUCUUUUUCCUUCUCAUUGUUGCUGGCGCCCUUGUCUACAGGUAAGCGUGCCUUCUAGGCAAGUGAACAGUCCAAUCAACUAAGCGAAAUCAAACUACAUUGGCUGAUCUGAAGCGUAAACAAAAAGUUCGAGUUAAUAUUCAUUCAAGGUAUAAAAUGUUAUUAUUCAGAUUGGGAAUAGAAUGAUUAGAGCAACUGAUGCACUUUGGUAACAGAAAUAAAACUAAAUUGAGAUAUAACUCAAUGCUUCACAAUAGAGCUCAACACAUUUGAAAGUAAAGACAAAUCUGACGGGAUUGAGUAUCAUAUUCUUAAGUGAUAUCAGGUAAAAAAAAUAAUUUAAUAACAGAAAUUAAGAUUAAUAAAGAUUUAAUACAGAAAUGUUACAUUAACAAACAUAUAAUAACUAAAAUGUAACAUUAAUAAAUAUUUCAUUAAAGACAAGUUACAUAAAUGAACAAUUAAUAACAGAAAUGUAACAUUAAGAAAACAUUUAAUAACAGAAAUGUAACAUUAAUAAACAUUUAAUAACAUAAAUUUUACACUAAUAAACAUUUAAUAACAGAAAUUUUUAUAUUAAAACAACAUUUAAUAACAGAAAUUUAACAUUAAUAAACAUUUAAUAACAGAAAAGUGACCUUAAUAAACAUUUGAUAAAAGAUAUCUUCCAUCAACCGACAUUAAAUAACAGGAAUGUUAAAUAAAUAAACAUUUAAUAACAGAACUGUUACAUUAAUUAACAUAAUAACAUAAAUUUUACAUUAAUAAACAUUUAAGUACCUAAAAUGUUACAUUAACAAAACAUUUAAUAACAUAAACAUUACUUUAACAAAACAUUUAAUAACAAAUGGGCCUCGCUGGCACUGUGAUACUGACAUAUGAGGGAGGGGAAACGACGGGGAAUGUAUGUGUGUUGAAUAGCCAUUAUGAUUAUGAUGCUGCAGUAUCAAACUUGUGCCUGUAUAGGUAUUAUGUUUCACACAACAAGCGUUCAUUGUUAUGGAGAUGCCUCGCUCAUAGCAUAAGCAGAAAAAGUUUAAGUGAACUGGUUAUGUGUUACAUUUUGUUAUGACUAAAUUUCCUCAUACAUGAUAAAGAAUAUUUUCAUAAAAUCAAAUAUUUGAGAUUGGAUCCAAAGCAGAUACAUAGAAUAAUUUAAAUAAUAAAAUAAAGUAGCCAUAAUAAUAAAAUAGGAGCCAGAAUGAUCAAUUCAUUGAUCGUGGGCCCUUAAAAAUAAAGAAGAAGAAGAAAUUUCUUAUAUAUUAAUAAACAUUUAAUAAAAGAAUGUUUACAUUGAUACACAUUUAUUUAAUAUUACAUAAACUUGCUGGGUUUUAUGGUGACUUAUCGGAAAAAUCUAACAAAAUAUUGUGUUUAUUGAAAGUCUAAAUAUACAUUUUGAAACAAUAAGAUCAAAUCAGACAGACAAUGGCGUAGCGUAUUGCUGUAUUCUAAUGGAAGAUUUUUAAUUUACUGGACACGGUUCGUGGACAAGGAUGUUAGGGGCGGAAUUAUUGUCCUACACCCGGUGGGGGAGGGUAACGUCAUGUGACAUACUAAAUUUUAUACACAUGAAGAGUUUGAUGGGGGUGGGUGGGUUGGGGGGUGGCGGUUUGAGAGAUGUUGAUGGAGUGGGACGGAUGGUGACAAAUGGGGAUAUUGUGGGACGGAUGGUGACGAAAGGGGAUGGAGUGGGGCGGAUGGUGACGUAUGGGGAUGGAGUGGGACGGAUGGUGACGUAUGGGGACGGAUGUUGACGCAUGGGGAUGGAGUGGGACGGAUGGUGACAAAUGGGGAUAGAGUGGGACGGAUGGUGACGAAUGGGGAUGGAGUGGGACGGAUAGAGACGAAUGGGGGUGGAGUGGGACGGAUGGUGACGUAUGGGGAUGGAGUGGGACGGAUGGGGACGUUAUGGGGACGGAUGGUGACGCAUGGGGAUCGAGUGGGACGGAUGGUGACGUCUGGGGAUGGAGUGGGACGGAUGGUGACGAAUGGGGGACGGAAAAGGACGGAUGGUGACGAAUAUGGGAUGGAGUGGGGUGGAUGUUGACCAAUGGGGAUGGAGUGGGACGGAUGGUGACGUAUGGGGAUGGAGUAGGACGGAUGGUGACGAAUGGAGAACGGAAUAGGACGGAUGGUGACGAAUUUGGGACGGAGUGGGACGGAUGGUGACGUAUGGGGAUGGAGUGGGACGGAUGGUGACGAAUGUGGAUGGAGUGGGACGGAUGGUGACGAAUGUGGAUGGAGUGGGACGGAUGGUGACGAAUGUAGAUGGAGUGGGGCGGAUGGAGACUAUGGGGAUGGCUGGGGACGAAUGGGGCUGGAGUGGGAUCGCUGGGGACGAAUGGGGAUGCAAAUACCUUAAAAUUGUAUCAGCGGCCCAGUAAACAGUUACAUGACCUUUAAAUCUGAUAAAUAGAUUUGAAAGGAAAACAGAGGUGAAGAAAAACAAGUUAAAAAAAUAACUUUUAACGUUAGCGUAUGACUUUGGCUGUACAACAAUGAGCAGACGUAAUGCGCAUCCAAAGAUGUUCUGUUCAUUGAUAUAUUCCUUGUUCUGUUCUUUGAUUUACUUGUUCUGUUCAUUGAUAGAUUCCUUAUUUUGUUCCUUGAUAGAUUCCUUGAUCUGUUCUUUGAUAGAGUUCUUGUUCUGUUCAUUGAUAGAUUCCUUGUUCUGUUCAUUGAUAGAUUCCUUGAUCUGUUCCUUGAUAGAGUUCUUGUUCUGUUCAUUGAUAGAUUCGUUGUUCUGUUCAUUGAUAGAUUCCUUGUUCUGUUCAUUGAUAGAUUCCUUGUUCUGUUCAUUGAUAGAUUCGUUGUUCUGUUCAUUGAUAGAUUCGUUGUUCUGUUCAUUGAUAGAUUCCUUGUUCUGUUCAUUGAUAGAUUCCUUGUUCUGUUCAUUGAUAGAUUCCUUGUUCCGUUCAUUGAUAGAUUCCUUGAUCUGUUCCUUGAUAGAGUUCUUGUUCUUCUGUUCAUUGAUAGAUUCCUUGUUCUGUUCAUUGAUAGAUUCCUUGCUCUGUUCAUUGAUAGAUUCCUUGUUCUGUUCAUUGAUAGAUUCGUUGUUCUGUUCAUUGAUAGAUUCUCUCAUAUGUUCAAUGAUAGAUUUCGUUUCCUGUGCCAUGAAAUAUCCCGUUAUUUGUUCCUUGAAAUUUUCCUUGUUGUUUUCUUAGAUAGAUUCGUUGUUCUGUCCCUUGAUGGAUUCGUUGUUCUGUCCCUUGAUAGAUUCAUUGUUUUGUCCCUUGAUAGAUUUGUUUUUCUGUCCCUUGAUGGAUUUUUUUUUCUGUUCCACGAUCUAUUCCUUUUUUUUUAAAUUCCAUGACAGAUUCAGGUGGAACUUAAGAUACCUGUACUACGCAGCUUACCUCAGGUUCAGGAACAAGGAGAAGCGCGGG